AUAAUUUUUGCACUAAAGAAUUACCAACCACAUGCGGAUCUAAGAUGUUAAAAAAUUUCAUAUCUCCUUUUAAUGCAACCGUUGUAGAUUUGCUUCAGGAUGCUGGUGCAAUAAUGAUUGGAAAAACGAAUAUGGAUGAGUUUGGAAUGGGUUCAGCAAAUAUGUAUAGUGCAUUUGGACCAGUUUAUAAUCCCAUUGAUCAAGAACGACGAGUUGCUGGUGGAAGUUCUGGUGGUAGUGCUGCUGCUGUUGCUUCUGGAAUGUGCUUCGCUUCUCUUGGAUCUGACACAGGUGGAUCUAUACGCCUGCCUGCUUCAUAUUGUGGCGUUAUUGGUUUCAAACCCUCAUACGGUCAAUGCUCACGGUGGGGACUAGUCGCAUAUGCUAGUUCAUUGGAUACUGUGGGUAUAAUAACGCGAAAUGUUCUUGAUACACAACUUAUAUAUGAUAUAAUAUCAAAAUAUGACGAGAAAGAUCCAUCUUCACUUCCACCAAAACUGCGCUCAAUAAAUGCCUCUUUGGCUUCUUUUAAUAAAACAAACUCUACUAAUUUGAGUGAAUUACGCGUUGGCAUACCACAAGAAUAUUAUGUGUCUGAAUUAAGUGAUCCGAUAAAAAGCUUAUGGAAACAAGGAAUAUCUCUUCUUCGUUCCCAUGGUGCAACAAUUGUGUCUGUAUCCUGUCCUAGCACCAAAUAUGCAUUGCCGGCUUAUUACAUUUUAGCUCCGGCAGAGGCUUCAUCCAAUUUGGCACGAUACGAUGGUGUUCGAUACGGUUAUCGAAGUGAUAUGGAUUCUAAUAAAAAUGAUGAACUAAUUUAUGCACAUACACGAAACGAAGGGUUCGGCGAAGAAGUUAAACGUCGGAUUUUGUUAGGAACUUAUACAUUAACUGCAGGAUGUUAUGAUAAUUAUUUUCUUUGUGCUCAGAAAAUUCGAAAAAUGGUUCAAUCUGAUUUUGAUUCCGUUUUUCGAAGACCAAAUCCUCUUCAUCUCAUAAAAAAUGAGUUGUCUCUUUACAAUCGCAAUGAUGAUGAAAUUCUAGAAAUAUCAGAUCAGUUGAGAAAAAAAAAUAAUGGCGUAGACGUGAUAAUGACACCAGUUGCAAUUUCAACAUCUCCAAAAGCUAAAGAUUCACAUUCAUCAUCUUUCUUAUCGAAUUCGUCAUCAUGCACUAGUACUGAUGAUACGAGAAACUUAGAUGGUGAUAAUAGUUUUGUGAAUGCUUAUGUAAAUGAUAUUUUUACUACACCUGCAAAUUUGGCCG